CAUCACUAGAAACAUGGCGACAGAAUUGGCGGAACACGCCACAGGAAAAGUUCCUUGUGUCUCUGACGAUCACGAUAAGAAGCUUUCAAGUGUUGAUCUGUCCAAAGAAGAAGUUAUAAAACUUGAACAACCUUCAGGUGAAAAGUCGAGCAGUGACAUCAGUGAAAGCAGUGAUGGAGCGACCAGUGACAGUAGUGAUGUUAACAGCAGUACAAGUAGUGAGGUAGUCAGCCCGAGACAUUCACUCAAAACAUUCACUGGCAGCAGUGGUAAGACUUACAAAUUUAAAAGGACAUUAGACGAUUCUGGGAUUGACGUCGACCUACCUUCAUCACUACUAGCAAAGCAACCGAGGGUGCAUCUUGGUGAACGUAUUGCAAUAUCUGGCGAUGGCCACAUGUACAGUGUUCAAACUGGAAGCAAACAUACACCAAAAAGUAGUAAGGUGAAAGAAAAGAAGAAAAAACAUAAAUCAAAUAAAACUGUUAUGGAGGCGUAUUUUCCGUGCCGUAGAGUGAAACGUGAAGCUAGUUUAAAUGCUGCUGCACGAGUUAAUAUAAUGUAUGAAAAGGAUGUGUCGCCACCAAAGGCCAGCAGGAAACCAAGUACAGCAUCAGCGGGUAGCAACACAGCUAGAAAACCAAAUGUGACAACAAAGAAAGGUUCGCCCAAGAAAGUCGCUAAAGAUGGUGAUAAAAAUUAUAAGUCUAAGGGAAAAGUUGAAUCUGGAAAGUCGAAAGAAAAAAUAAAGUCAACUGUAAAAAAAUUAAAAGUGGACAAAGUAGUGAAACAUAGAAAAGUGACAAACAAGGGAACAUCACCCAAAAGUACAAAAACUAAAUCUAUCGUAUCUAAAUACAAACGACUUAAUCAAGUGAACACCAGUUGUGACAGGUCACUUACAAAAACAGCUAAGAACAAGAAAGCAGACGAUAAGCAACCAAGGAAACGAAAACUGUCUGACAAAGAUCAGACAAAGUCAAAAACAAAAAAAAUGAAAACCGACACUCAAAGGGCAGCAAGAACUGAUUUGUCUGCAGCUCCGAAACAGCGCUACUCUGGUGUGCAAUGUAUGGGUUGCUACCAACAAGCAAUGUGUUCAUCUACAGGGAAGUUAUACUGGGGGAAGUCCGACUUUAGUGAGAGUAAGGAGGGGGAAAUCCUUUCAGAAGAGACAGGCUGUCACCUAGAUUCAACCACCCCCACCUAUACCAGUGUGCCGCCACAUGUACAGAUCGUCGAGGGAUCGCCAUAUGUAAACACAGUGGUGCCCCACCAAACUCUGCCAGCCUGUCCCCGCUGUGCACAGAGGAGUGGCCUCAUCACAACCCCACCCUGCCAGUCCUAUACUCUGGGGGGUAUUGGCAGCAUUAGUUCUGUACAAGUGGUGUCGUAUCCACAGCAUUUUGGCAGCUCUUUCCCCAUUUCCUACCCCACCAGCCACUCAGCUCUACCUCACUGUGGUUGCCCGGCGUGUUACACUGCGUCUGGUAUCUACUACCCCCCUACAACCACACCCAUGCCCCACCAGCCCGUCCCUCAUGACACCUGUCAUGGACCGCCCAUUCCUAAACAUGUCACUGAUUCAGAGGAGUCCAAGAGCGAUGUUGACAUUGAUGUAGGUGAGCCCGAAGACAUCAAACCUGUCCUGUCCUCAUUGGCCCACAAUUGCAAGGACCCAACAAGUGAAAAGUCGAAGAGGAAAACCUCAGUAAGCAGCAUGAAGGGAGGCUCACAGAAAAAGUCAGUGGAGAAAAAGGUCGCCUUACAAAUACCCAAAUCCAAGAAGUCGGCAGAAAAAGUCUACGAGAGGCAGAAGAGUAAGGAAGUGAAGAAGAAACCAAAGUAUAACAAGAGCAUAUCACGACAUGGAUGGGAGUUUGAUGGAGAACCAGAGAGAAAAAAAGUCAUGUCUUUGUGGUUGGGAAUGUCGGUGGAGACCAAUUGUUACCAGGCUAUCCGCCAUGUUGAUGGAGAUGUGAUCAGGGUGAGGGAGUGUGUCCUAUUGUGCUCCGGACCUAAAAAGACUGACAUUCCAUAUGUAGCCAAGGUGACCAACUUCUGGGAACAUCCACACGAUGGUGAGAUGAUGAUGAGCCUCCUAUGGUACUACCAGCCAGAACAUACAGAGUCUGGUCGCAAACCCUACCAUGCUGACUGUGAGGUGUUCGCCUCCAAACACAAGGACGAGAACAGCGUGGCCUGUAUAGACGACAAGGGCUAUGUACUGACAUUUGCAGAAUACUGUCGGUACCGAGCAGAUCUUCAGAGACAGGAGAAUGGAAUCUCGCCUCAACCUAAAGUCGUGCCUAGUCCGGAGGAUGAGUAUGCCCGUAGUGGAAAGCUACCACCCCAGGGCUGUGACCCCAACAAUGUCUACCUUUGUCGACAGGUGUAUGACUUCAAACUCAAAAGAAUACUCAAGAACCCCUCCUGACAAUUAAACAAACCCUACAGAAUGAUGUACAAUCUCAGGAAAGCUUCCCAACAAUAUCCUACAUCUGGCAACAUUCAUAUCCCAGAUCUCUAAUCACUGCACAGAACUUGUCACUUUUUCUCAGAAAUUAUUCUUGUACAUGGGCUCUUGGCCUAGACUGUUUAAAACAGCUGGAAAUUUUUUGCUUAAAUUGGGUUCAUUUAACUCUAACUAACGAUCACUAGCCACCCACCACUGGGUUGCAGGUUCAAAGCCUACCUGGGGCAGUUGCCAGGUACUUACUGACUGUAGGUCGGUAAGUUUACUCCAGGUUCUUUGGUUUACUUUAAGCUUCCACCACUAAAACCUGGCAAAUCUAAGACCAUAGCUGUUAAUAUGACAAAGUCCAAAAGAAACACCAAACCAAAUUGUAAUAUUAAUAAUAAUAAUAAUUGGAGGUUCUUAUAUACCGCCUUAUCACAACCUAGUUUGU